AUGCCCGCUGUCCACCACCCAUUAUAUUCAAGAAGUAAUGUCUCUUCCCAUUUUGCUUCUGGCGGCCUGCUGCGAUAUUUUUGCAGUGUCGGUGUAAUCACCACUGUACUUGCUUUCAUUUUUGCUUUGCAUUUGAUCAUCAAGUACAAGAAGCUUUGUCGGUCACGAAAACACAUCGUGGGCCUGAUCGGCCAGAAAGAGGCCUUUGCCCAUUACCUUGGGGAGGGAAACUGGGACAAGUCACGUGGAGUCAGCAAUCCCAUGAUGGCAGCAGCAGACAUGUCAGCGGAGCAGCACACGUCCUAUACCGAAAUUCAGCCCGACGAGAGUGAAAUUAAGCCAAACGGACAUGAAGUCAUUGCAACGUGGAAUAUGGGGGAUACAGCAGAAGUAUCCAGAGAUGGCCAUGUCGAUACGCCUCUAUUUCUAAGAAACUCCCUGCUCGUGCGGCCGCCUCCCUCGCCGCCGCUAACACGCCCAGAAAGAUCAUCUGAGAUGGAUAUAUUCCAAGAUCGACGAAUGAGCUCGGCGUUGUCAACGGCAGGAGAUUUGGAAAACGAUUCGUUAUACCAUGCCAGUCCUCAAAACGUCUUGGCUGCCUCAUCGUCAUCAUCUUCGGCCCAGGCUACACAAGACAAUGCAGUCAUUAUACCGAGAAGGAGGUCGUAUACAAAGGUCGUACCGAUAGGUCCGCCCCAGCCAGUAUCGUGGUUGGAAGAAGACGGGACCGUAGUGGCCUUUUCGCCCAGUUCAUUUCCUUCAUCCAACCCGGCUCUGCCACUUGCGCCGCACGACUCGUUCCACAAUCAUGGAAUAGAGGUCAAGGGAGAAAUUUUAUCGGCACUGGAUGACUCUGGGGCAGGCUGGAGACGCCACACACGCGUCUACGGGGGUGGUGUCUGCCUCGCCUGUUUGGCCUCUUCAGACAGAGAAGGAGGUUUCUAUGGCGACAGAGUGCGACCAGAGGAGAGAAGAUGA